CUCCUAGUACACAUAAUUUACACCUCACAAUACCAUCCGCCCAUUACAAUAAUUCCACCGCUAUCCAUCAUGGCCGACCAACCUCCCAUGGGCCGCGACUUCAUCGACGCAAAGAACGUCGACCCUAUCGACCAUAAUGACCAAACCGAUCCCGAAGACUCCGCUAGCCAGCCUCGUUUCCCGGGCCCCGGCUCGAGCACAACUGCCCCUUCCACCUCGAAGCCGCAUUCAAACAAGUUGUUGAACAAGCUCGAUCCGCGAUACGAUAGUGAUGUUUUGGAGUCGGAGCAACAGGAGAAGGAGAAGAUAGAUGGGAGAGAGGAGGAGGAUGGCUUAUGA